ACUGUCAACCAAGUGAAGACGUCGAGUUGCAGAGGAGUCCUGAGAUCAUCUGGAUUACAAGGAAGGAGAAGGAGUUUCGUCUAUGAAACGUUUCAGAAGAAGCUCAUUUUAUUUAUGUUUGAACGCUGUCGUUUUACUUUCGGCUAAUAGCCGUUGUUAAGAACACUGUUUAUUUUGUAAUGGCCAAUGGCAUUCUGCCACUUGGCUAACUCUGGAGUGAUUCUGUUUUAUCAGAACACAGUGGUAUAUAAGAGAAGUAGCAGGCAACUCUCAAGUGGAGGGUUUGCCAAUUCUCCAAACCUAGAAGGCUUUUAUGGUAUCAGAGCGGUCAAGCAGCUAGGGCAGCCAUGAACACGCCGCCGGGUUCCCAGGGUCGCCCAGAUUCAUCAUCGGGAAAUGCCUCUCAAGGAUCUCAGGGAACUCAAGCUGGAAAUGGGACUGGUCCUCGUGCUUUCCAAUUUGGAUCGUUUGAUGAGCAGCAGCAACAACAAAUCUUUGCUGGAGCCAGAAACGAUGUCAUAACCUUCGGUAAUCCUUACUACCUAAACCCAAAUGAAGCCUUAAACCAAUCUAUAGGAUCUGAGGUCUUCGAUGGUAGUAACUACACUAUGUGGAGUCGUUCUGUGAUAAUGGGUCUGAAGAUGAAACAUAAGCUGGGUUUUAUUGAUGGCACUAUACCCAUGCCAGCUAGAACAGAUCCUAAUUUCUUGUUGUGGGAUGGUUGUAACACUGCUGUGCUGUCAUGGAUUCUUAACUCUCUGGACAAGGAUUUAAGAAGAUCUGUCAUGAGUCAUGUGAAUGCUAGAGUUUUGUGGGAUGAAUUGAAGAGGAGAUAUGGGAAACCAAAUGCUAUCAGGAUAACAAAUCUGGAGGAUGACAUUCAUAAAUGUAAGCAGGGCACUCAAACCAUUAACCAAUAUUAUACUGAGAUUAAAGGGUUAUGGGAGGAGUACCUGCAGUUCAAUCCUAUAGUGCCCUGCAAUUGUGCCCCAGGAAAUCCAAAUCCUUGUGAUGCAGUGGUAGCUUACACUGAGAGACAAGAAGCUGACUACCUGAUUCGAUUCCUGAGGGGUCUCAACCCAGACUUUGAGAUAAUCAAGAGUCAAUUGCUUGCACAGAAGCCAUUGCCUACUGUGUCAGAAGCAGUUGAUGACCUGCUGCAGUAUGAACAGAAGUUGAAGGCUGAGAAAGGAAGUGCUGGGAAGAAGGCUCAGAGUGUAGCCUUGGCAGCAGAAACUCUACCUCAAGGAUCAGGACAGAGGAGUCAGGGCAGGAAGUAUUGCAUUUACUGCAAAAGGCCUGGUCAUCUGGUUGAUGAAUGUUGGAGGGCUAAGAGAAAGAAAGAUGCUGAUAAUGGAAGCAGCUCUGGAGGAUCCACUACAUCAAAGUUUGCAGGGUCAGUCUCUCAAGUAAGCUCAGGAGACUCAUCAACUGAGGUAAGUUAUAACAGUGACACACCAGAUGGUAGUCCUGUGAGUCCAGCAAAAGUAGUGGCAGCUUUUACUCCUGAAGAGGUUAACAGACUUAGGCUAAUGAUGCAAACUGGUGCUAAUCUAAGCCCUUCACCACCUCAUUCACCCUCCAUUUCACACCAUGCCUACUCAGUGUCCCAGUAUCUACCUCCUUUUCCUAACUUUUCAGGACCUGCUAACAAAGAAGAUGAUUGGUUUAGCAAAAGAGAGUAGAGGCCUCUACCAGCUCACCUUUUCCCAACCAAAACAAGACCAGCCAUCCAUUCCACUACCUCAAGCAGCCAGUUCUUUCAACUUUCAUCCUCAGCAAGUUGACCUAUGGCAUUGGAGAUUAGGGCAUCCUAGUAAAGAUAGGAUUUCUUUGUUACAACAAACAGAUUCUUCUGUAACUAGUCCUAAGUUUAAACAUUGUGAUGUCUGUCACCUUUCCAAACAUAAGAAACUCCCUUUUCCUGUUAGCACCAGUAUUGCACAUGAUUUGUUCCAUUUAAUUCAUGUUGAUAUAUGGGGG